AGGAAGAAGAGAAAUACGUGAAACCGUCAUUUCGCUACCUUUGUUUUAGCGUCUCGUAAUCAACUGUGGCUGCAAGUGUACGUUAAAUAGGAAUUAGUUUUGUAUUUUGUGCGAGAAUUUACGUUUGUACUACACAAAAAUUAGUCUUAAAAUGGAGUGUUUGUUAUGAGAGCUGGUCUCAUCUCAUGGGCUGGGCAGCUAUAUUUAUCUUGGCAGUUUACGCUCCCGAGCUUUUUCGAGCCCUUGAGCCGGGGUUGAGCAAAAAAAAGAAAAAAUGACCUGGUAAUCACUGAAGAUAUUUCUUCUUGAAGGUUUUCUACAAUGGAAGAAUGGAUGCUGAACGACUUGCUGGAAUGCUCUGUGUGUCUUGAGCGACUAGACAUUUCCAGUCGAGUCCUGCCUUGCCAGCAUACAUUUUGCAAAAAAUGUUUGGAGGAAAUCAUAACCACUCACAAGGAACUAAGAUGUCCAGAAUGCAGAGUCCUUGUUUCAACAAAGCUGGAAGACUUGCCUCCCAACGUCCUACUCAUGAGGAUUCUGGAGGGGAUGAAAAAUGUUCCUAGGACCAAGCAGGCUGGAGAUACUCAAACAACUGGCCAGCCUCAAACACAAGAUACUUCUCAUAAUGCCAAUAUACCAGUUGCCUGUGUCCUUCCUCAGCAGCAGCAGCAACAACUACACCCUAAGAUUCAUCCAGAUGUCCAUGGAAAAAUAGAAUCUGCACCAAAAAACCCAGUUUCACUACAUCAGCCAUGUGCCAAAGCGCUUUAUGACUAUGUGCCCCAAGAGCCUGGGGAUCUGGGUUUCAAGAAAGGCGACAUUAUUAUUCUAAAGAAGAGAGUAGACGCCAAUUGGUAUCACGGCGAACGUAAUUCAAGCCAAGGCUUUUUCCCUGCUUCUUACGUCCAAGUCCUAACUCCUUUGCCCAAUGCAACUGUGCCCCAAUGUGUUGCCUUGUACGAUUUCAAGAUGAGUGCCGAAGACGAGAAAGAUUGUCUAACGUUCAACAAAGGGGCUGUUGUGACGGUUAUUCGUCGAGUUGAUGAAAAUUGGGCCGAAGGAAGACUUGCUGAACGAAUUGGCAUCUUUCCUAUUUCGUUCGUCGAAAUGAACAGCGCCGCCAAACUACUGAUGAAAAUCUCGACGAAUUUUCAACCAGGCCCAUCUCGUUCGGCUCCAGCCUUGCCCGUCACAGCCAAUCUUCAAAAUUCGCUCAACAGUAUGACGCAUUCAAUUUCAACUUCUUCCGCGUCAACUACCCCAGCGACUACAAGCUCAGAUUCGUCCCCAUCAAGCGUAACAAAUCGUGUUGUACCGCGUGAAAAGCGUUUUAGUCUAAAUGUAAACCAGCAACCACAUCAAACUCAGUACAACCGUCGAUCUGUAGAAAUAUCAUCCCGCCAUCGAGGUCUUGCUGUAAGCUCAACGGAAAGCGAACUUCAGCCGCUGGUAUCGGGUGUUAAUUCACCUCCUCCAUCUGGUCUACCAUCAUUCAUGACUCCUCCGGCCCUAUAUAUCGCCCUGUAUCCAUACAAACCUCAGAAAGCUGACGAAUUAGAACUCCGGAAAGGUGCUCUGUAUACCGUCAGUGAAAAAUGCCAAGACGGCUGGUUCAAAGGGUCCAGUGUUCGCACACAGAAAAUCGGGGUAUUCCCCGGCAACUACGUUCAGGCUGUCAGGUCUCAGCCACAUCCUCAGGUUAAUCCGCCUCCUCCGGCUCCAAUCACCCCUCAGGUUAUGACCUCAACUCGGUCCAACAGCCAGGCUAGUGUAGUUCAUCCGCCUCCAAAACUCCCUCCACGGGCUUUAAGUCCAGCUGCACAGAAUAGUGGUUCCGUCAUGGGUCCCAUAUUAUCAUCACAAGGCUAUAAACCCAUGUCAGUUAUAGCUGGAAGUACAUCCAGCUCGGCUUCAGUUCCUGCGGCGGUAGUUGCACGAUUAGCUACAACUCCUGCUCCCGCUCCGGCACUAUCUCCCCGGGCCACAACGCUAAUCAGUCCACCUCCCAAUGUAGCCAUAGGAGGAGGUGGAGUUGAGCCGGCCAGCACACCAAUUCAGCCAGAAAAGAAAGACAAAGAAAAAGCGAGCGUUAGCUUGAUGAAAAGAUUCACGUGUCGUAAGAAAUCUUCACCUCCACUACUCCAUCCGUACUCGAUUGACAACCCGGUUUUUGAAGAUGGUUUUAAUACAUCUGUUUCCAAGACAGGUAGUACUACUCCGACCGCAGCUCCGGUGCAUAUUAGAUCCGGUUCGUGCCCUAGCCAGUUGUUGCAGGUCGUCCCAGGUCCCGAACGUUUCGACCGGGAAACGGAAAACAGAGCACAGGAAAAAGGAAGACACUCAAUGGGAGGUUCGCAACGACUCCGCUCUAACAAGCACCGGCCCAACAUCCUCCCCGCUUCGGGCAACAUGUCGGUUUUCUCUCGUUCCAUUUCGGCGACUACCCCGGCAAGUGCCUCAAGUCACGAGGCGAUGGCUGCUGCUUCCGUUGCUAUUGUCACCCCUCGAGACAAGGACAAGAGGGUGAGAAGCCCGGCUUCGCCUGUUGUGAGUGAGAGGUUCCGCUGCAUCACGCCAUAUCCACCCAACAGCGAGUACGAGUUGGAGUUGCGCAUUGGCGACAUAGUUUACGUACACAAAAAGAGAGACGAUGGCUGGUACAAGGGAACUUUACAUCGCACGGGCAAAACAGGUCUUUUUCCCGCUUCGUUCGUCGAGAGUUGCUGAAUCCGAGCCGGAAACAAAAAUUAUUUGUUUUUUUUUUUUCGUACCCUUCUUAAUCUCCUCUUUCCUAGAAACGCAGAGUAAGAGUUUAGAAUACGCCUCCUGUUGUCCAUGAUGAACUCUUCUUGAAGAAGAAAACAACAGUGUGCAAUUUAGUGCCUUUGAAAAGAUUCGAUCUUCUCCUUCUCUCAAGUUGUUGUUUGUUCGCUGUUAGAUGCUUGUAUGUUGGAAGGAACCGGUAUGUUCUCGCUUUCGUUCACAAUUUUUUUUUUGCCGUAAAUGACUGAUGACGUUCAACUUGUUGCUGAAAGAAUUUUUUUUCCCUCAA